UCUAGCAACUUUUCUAUCCUAUCACAGAAAGUAGCUCAAGAAGCUUUUCAUCGUCGUGGAUGGGAACAUUCUGUGAAAGGGGAAAGCUUAAGUGAUAAAACUUUGGAUUUUACUGCACCUUUGUCCUUUCCUUUGAGAGGGAGAUUUGCGCGUCGGUGGCAGCUCAACCUGACUGUGGUCGUAAGUGAAUGUUCCUGUGUAUUGGCUGACAAAUAAGAACCGGGUGAAUGUAUAGCAUGAUGAUGGAAACGGACUUACACUCGCCGGGACCCCAAUCGAAUACAAAUUCGGGGCACACAGGGCCAAACAAUGGGAACAAAGUGAACCAAGACCGCGUCAAGAGACCGAUGAACGCUUUUAUGGUUUGGUCCCGGGGCCAGCGCCGGAAGAUGGCACAAGAGAAUCCCAAAAUGCACAACUCUGAAAUCAGCAAAAGACUUGGCGCUGAGUGGAAACUCAUGUCCGAGGCGGAAAAGAGACCUUUUAUUGACGAGGCAAAGAGAUUACGUGCCAUGCACAUGAAGGAGCACCCGGAUUACAAGUACAGACCCAGAAGAAAGACCAAGACGCUGCUGAAAAAAGAUAAAUAUUCCUUAGCAAGCGGUCUUCUCGCCGGAUCUGGGGCUGGAGCUGGUGUAGGUCUCGGUGUUGGGAUGAGCCCUGGUGGGGUCGGACAGAGGUUAGACAGUCCUGGGGGUCACGGUGGCACCGCUACCAGCUAUGCACAUAUGAACGGCUGGGCGAACGGUGCCUACUCGGGCCAGGUGGCAGCGGCGGCAGCAGCCGCGGCGAUGAUGCAGGAAGCGCAGCUCGCCUACAGCCAGCACCCGGGCAAUGGGACGCACCACCACCACGGACACCAUCAUCACCCACACAAUCCCCAGCCCAUGCACCGCUACGACAUGACUGCUCUUCAGUACAGCCCUCUCUCUAACUCCCCCAGCUACAUGAGCGCAUCGCCGUCAGGUUACGGGGGGAUCACCUACACACAGCACCAGAACACCAGCGUGGCUUCCACGGGCGCAAUCGGCACUCUGGGAUCUCUGGUGAAAUCGGAGCCAAGUGUCCGCCUUCCCGAGGCCUGGGGAGGGGUGAUUAUGAGAGACUCUGCUGGAAUUUGGCAGGGCUCAGGCUUGGAGAGCCGCCUCUUGCUGACUGCCAUUCAGCAGCCCGACGCGUUGUGAGGUUGGGAAGUUGCAGUGAGCCGUGCACUCAUUGGCUUCACAAAGCUGAUUACAAGCCUCAGCGCAUUCCUGAAGGCAACGAGAAGCGACGCAGGUGCAAGGGAGCUGAGGGAGUCGUGCUAACAGUGGAGAAAGUACUGGGACCACACAAACCCUUCUGCGUCCCAGCAGGGUAAACAAGCGGCUGCAAGGAGAAUGGGAGCGAGCACCUUGAUAUUUCUAGAAACGACCUCUUCUUUGUGUACCACAUAUUGUUAUGACAGUAGCCAACUGUUCUUUACGCCCGCCGACACCCCAUAAUAUCGAUCUUUAUUAGGUUCCUGAUAGUUAACUCUAAUUCAUAGCCUACAUUUCUAUAAACUAUAUCAGACUAUGUCUAAGUUAGUUAUAUCUGACUAAGCUUAGAUCACGAAGGAGCACUUUUACGCAUAGAAGAUGGCAAAUAAAGACUUUUUGUUAUUCAAAACUUUAUGACACAGCGAUCUAUAAAUUAAUUAAUCCAUAAUCAACAGCGUGUCCUCUUGAUGGAAGACAGAUCAGACAAGGUGUAGGCUUUACCAACAAGAGGCCACUUUCCAAGAACUUUACAAAAGUUUGGUUCUCUCUCUCUCUCUCUCUCAAGCUUAGCUAUAGCCAGCGGUGUUCAAUGUUUUAUUGUUUCUUUUUGGAUGUGUCGGCGAGAUAUUUUAUUGCAUUAGGCAAAAC